UCCCGUUAAGUAGAUGGUACCGUCCGGCCUCGGGUCAAAGGUCAUUAGAAGUCUGUAGUGCGUGUGUUCCGCUCGUGCCGGGUUUUUAAUUUGUUUAUUUUGGAACAGGUGCUCUAUUGGUUUUAUUUCGGCCGGAAAGAUGUCCUCAGAUUCAGGCUACGGCCAGCCUGGCGCUCAACAAAGCUAUGGCUCUUAUGCUGGCUCCCAGGGCUAUCCAGCCGGACAGCAGGGAUAUGGUCAGGGAAACAGCAGCAGCUCUUACACUGGACAGAGUUACUCCUCUUAUGGACAGACUGGUGGAGAGAGCUACGGUCAGGCGACUCAGGGCUACUCUUCUGGAGGAUACAGUCAGCCGCAGCAGCAGGGCUUCGACAGCUACGGACAGCAGGCGUCUGAACCCUCGGCCAGCAGUUAUGGUGAGAAGUCGUAUGGGCAGCAGCGCUCGUACGGUCAGCCGUCAGGAGCCGGUGCUGAUGGGGCAGCGCUGGGUCAGUCCGGCGGCUCAUACGGGGGGUCUCAAGGUGGAUAUGCACGACGCGGUGAUGGUGACGCCCGCAGGUAUGGUGAUGACAGCGGCUCGGACCGGUCGGAGGGUUACAGGGGCAGAGGUCGUGGGGGUUAUGACCACGGAGGCUAUGACAGAGGUGGCCGGGGCGGCCCACCCUCCGGUAUGGGUGGUGGUGACCGUGGUGGCUACAAAAAUUACGGUGGAUCCAGAGAGUACGGUCAAAAGGAUGAUGGAGAUGGCGAUCAGGAUAACUCGGACAAUAACACCAUCUUUGUCCAAGGGCUCAGUGAAGACGUCACCCCUGAGGAAGUGGGUGACUACUUCAAACAAAUAGGAAUCAUUAAGGUCAAUAAGAAGACUGGCAAACCUAUGAUCAAUCUGUACACUGAUAAAGCCACCGGACGCCUGAAGGGUGAAGCCACGGUGUCCUUCGAUGAUCCUCCUUCAGCCAAAGCUGCCAUCGACUGGUUUGAUGGGAAAGAAUUUAAUGGAAAACCCCUCAAGGUGUCGUUUGCUACCAGAAGGGCGGAGUUCACCCAGAGAGGCGGAGGAGGAGGGGGACGAGGACGUGGAGGCGGCGGCGGUUUUCGAGGCAGAGGUGGUGGCUUUGGUGGAGGUCCCUCAUUUGAUGUCAAGGGUGGAGACUGGCCUUGUCCCAACAGCUCUUGUGGCAACAUGAACUUUGCCAGAAGAUAUGAAUGCAACCGGUGUGGAACAUCUAAACCAGAAGGAGAUAGUUAUGGAGGAGAUCGUGGUGGUCGAGGCGGGUACGGAGGAGACCGUGGGGACCGCGGCGGGUUCAGAGGCGGCAGAGGAGGAGGCUUUAGGGGUGGAGACCGUGGAGGAUAUGGUGGAGGAGGAGGAGGAUACAAAAUGGGUGGAAGGGGAGACCACAGAGACGACAGACGAGGCCGGCCGUACUGAAGCCUUCACGUGGAUGCCAUUCCAGACCGCUGUUUAUUGUGUGGGGGGGAGGGUUCAGGGAGAGGUUUGUGUCUGCAAUCCUUUGUUGCAUGAGUGUCCUGCAUAUACAGUCUGAAAUGAGCAGUUUUUCCCAUUAAUGUUGAAUCUACUGUGAGGGGCUGAGUGAAGGGAACGGGAUGAAGCUGAUCAGUCCUGUCGGGACGUGGCAGCACUGGCCGCAGAUCGGCUUGAAAGGGUCAUAUUGCUCUGGGGGAAGGGGGGAGGGGCCAGAUGUUGUUUUUGUUACCUUAAAUUUCCUGACUUUUUGAAUUUGGCAUUUAGUGUGUGAUUAAAUUUGUGAAAUAUUUGUUUUGUAGGAAUCAAUCGAGACAAAUCGUUUUACUUGUUUCUUUUUGCUUUUGAUUUCUUUUUUGCAAAAAAAAAAUUAAAACACCCUUUGAUCUUA